AGUUAUUACAUCAAAAGUUUCAAGUCUCAACAAACUCCGAAUUUCCUUUCCCGAACAAAGUCAAAAAAGAGAGAAAAACGAGUCUCUUUCAUUUCAUAGUGUCUCAUCAACUUAGAGAGAAAAAGAAUGACAGAGAUUCAGGAUUUGCCGGAAGGAUGCAUCGCCGCCAUAGUCUCUCGUACAACUCCACUCGACGCCGGCAGACUCUCGGUCUUUUCUAAGACUUUCCGAUCAGCCUCCGAUUCCGAUGCUGUAUGGAAUCAAUUUCUACCUUCUGACAUCUCAUCUAUUAUCUCACACUCUCCUUCCCUUACCAACAUUCCUACCAAAAAGGAUCUCUAUCUUGCUCUAUCUGAUCGCCCUGUCAUCAUCGAUCAUGAUAAAAAGAGCAUUCAAUUAGAGAGAAAGAGUGGAAAAAAGUGUUACAUGCUUUCUGCUAGAUCUCUUGCAAUUGUUUGGGGUGAUGAUAGACGCUAUUGGAACUGGAUUUCUAUGCCUGAUUCCAGGUUCCCUGAAGUCGCUAAGCUUGUUGAUGUGUGUUGGCUUGAAAUUCAUGGUGUGAUAAACACCAUCGUCCUGUCCCCAAAUACUCAAUAUGCAGCUUAUGUUGUGUUCAAAAUGAUUAAUGCUUCGGGAUUUCAGAACCGUCCUGCGGAUUUAUCAGUUGGUGUCGAAGGUGGCCAGAGUAGUACUAAAAUUGUCUGUUUGGAUCCAAAUGUGGAAGGUAGGCCGCAGCUGCACGACAGAGUAGACGGAUUGCAACGUCCUAGUGUGAGAAGUGAUGGGUGGUUGGAGAUUGAGAUGGGGGAGUUCUUCAAUUCAGGCAUAGAAAAUGAAGAAGUCCAGAUGAAUGUGAUACAGACAAAGGGUGGUAAUUGGAAGAGAGGUCUAGUUCUUGAAGGAAUAGAAGUUAGGCCUAAGUAUAACACAAUUAACCAACAUUCACUGAACUAUGCAAGGGGUCUUGGGUCGUGGAUGGCAGAACAACGUGUGAAGUUCCAACGUUUCUUUGUAAAAUAACUUUAUAUUGUUUAUUGUUGUUCAGCAUACUAAUAUUAUUGUUCCAAACUCUUACUUUGUAAAUAUGUGUAUUAGCGAUAUAGAUGAUUGACACAUUAGUCCUAAUAGGCAUUAGUAUAAAUAACUUGUAACAAACCUAUUAGUGGGCAACUUCUUCAUUUGUAAUUUCACUCUUUCGUAUCAAUACAAUAGUUUCGUAGCUUUCCUCUCUUUUCUUCCAUGGAUGCAUGUUUUAUAACAUGGUAUCAGAGCCUGGUUUGGCAUCCACCUUGAAUGAUAUUUUCCGCUGCAUUUUCUUAAGAAAAUUCAAUUUUCUCGUUUAUUUCUUUCUUUAUUCUUUUCCUUUAUUGUCAUUUCUCUUUGAUUUUCCCUUAAUUUCUCGAGAAAAAAAAAAUUGCUUCUCAAGCUUUCUUUCUUGAUUCUGUUACAAUCUCAAUAUUGAGAUUCAGUUUUCUUUGUUAUGAUCUUUGUCCACUACUUUGAUUCAGUUUCUGUUCUUGAUUUGUUUGAUCAAUUUCUCUUUUGAUCUGCAUCUCAGUUUCACAUGAACAAAAUUUUCUUUCCAAUUUGUGUUUGCGUUUGAUCGCGUUUCCUUUGUUCUCACAUUUUUCCCCUAAUUUCCAGGGUUCCGUGAUUUUGUUACUUUCUGUUAGUUUUUUUGGUUCCAUUUCACGUGUGAUUCGAAAAUCUUAUUCGAAUUCUUCAUCUAUUGCAAUUUCCAGUUUCUGAAUCUUUCGAUUUCGUGAUUGAAUCAUGUCCUUGCAAUCACAAUUCUCUUUUGAAAUUCCGUUUUUCAUCACAGUUUUGUUUAUGCUUGCUCUUAAUCCCAAAUUCUAGGGUUUGCCGUUUUCAAUUCCAUGACAAAAAUUAAUUUUCUGAUCCACUUUGACAAUUGACGGAUUCGUAUCUGAUCUGAGGGAGGUUGAUUUCUCUCACAAAUUCUGAUGACAAAUUGUGCUCUCAAGGUGUUUGUGAUAAGUUUUCUUUGAAGAUGAGAUGAAUUUUUGGCAGCAAGUAUGGGUUUUCUUCAAUGUUAUUGCAUUCAGACAUGAAGCUUCUCUACAUUCAUUUAGUCUUCGACUUCGACAUUGUUGACUGCGGUUUUCGUUGAGAUUGUGUGAGGUUGCUGAUUGUUAGGCACAAUUCUUGUGCGAUAUUCGGUGGCUUCUCCUCAUCAAAUGUGAUUGAUGUUCAGACGUGAAUGUGAGGAGUUUGCGCUAUGUUAUUCAGCCUCGAACUCGUUUGUGUGUGGUGUUGGUGCGGUGCACGUCAAAGAUUUUGCUUCUGGUUCAUUCUUCCUUGGAAACACUUGUUAGUAGUCUUGUUAUAAUUCCAUGAUAUUCUGAUUCUAUACAAUUCUUGAGCAUAUUGUUGAUUGUUGUUCUUAGUUGUUGAUUGUUAAUUGGAUAUGAUUUGAAUGCUUGCAAUACUCUUGGUAAGAGUCAUCCUUGCUGCUGGUGUUGAUGGUUUUGUUGAGGGAGCUUCCUUCUUUUGUUAUUAUAAUCGCAGAAGAAUUUCUUUACCUUUUUAGUAUUUCUUAUAUGGAAUACAUCACAGCUUCAAUGUUGAUAUUCCUUAUAAGAAUUCUAUUGGAUUUGUGGAGUCUACAACCGUUGUUUGUUGUUAUUCUUCUCUCAAGAGUACAUUCACUGUUGAUGAGCUAAGAUACCAGUUUUGGAAUUUCUGUGGUUUCUUUUUUGUGCUUCUUGGUUCUACUGGUUCACCCUUGGAAUUUGGCUACUAUUUGAAGUCUGACAGAUUGCACAUAGAAUGUUAAAUUGGAUUUGAGACCUUGUACUUCAUAGUUGGUUCUGUUGUGACAUUGUUGGUGUUCCGGUAUUUGGCGAGACUUAUGAUUCUAGCUCAGUUUCUGCAAGUUUGUUUUGUCUAUUGUUCAUGAAUCAGAUUCUUGGGACAUUGACUAAUGAAGUAUCACAGUUUGUUGCUGCUGGUUUGGUGAUUAAGUUUCAUGCUUUAGUUGCUAUUUUUUUGAUACAUUUUUUUAUGGCUUCGGAUCUGUUUUGGAAGCCUUGGUUUGAUUUCUGAAGCAUGGGAUAUGCCCUCAGUUUGUUAGUCCUGGAUCGUUAGUGAAGCUUUCUCUUGUUCUUUGGGUUUGUAUAUCAUUGUGAAGAUCACACCCAAUUUGUUGGAUAUUUUGAAGCUUCAUUGUUGGAGGAUCCAUUAUGUUUGAAGCUCAUUGAGUUUUCCUGUCAUACUGUGGUAAUAGUUUCUGUCCAUGGCUUUCUUCUUCAUUUUUCUUAUUAGCCUAUGCUGGCUUUGCUUCUUGUGUUGUGCUUCUGUUCAUGAUGGUUAAGCCAUGUUGAUAAGCUUCUGUCAUGAAUGGUUAAGCGUUGUUGUGCUUCUAUCCAAGAUGGUUAAUCGUCGUUUUUUUUUUUUUUUUUUUUGUGCUUCUGCCAAGUGGUUAAACUUGACAUACAGUUUCUGCUUGGUGGUUAAGUGUUGUGCCUUAAUUGGCAUUGUUGAUGAUUGCUUCUGCCGGAUGGUGGUUAAGCGUUGCUUUGAUGCUUCAUCCUUCAAGCGGUUAAACCUUGAGUCGUGGUUUCUUCUUGUUGGAUAAGCACUUGUUUGAUGACUUUGCUUUUAGCCGAUGUGUUUCCGGCAUCUCUUCUUGUCAUUUCUUUUGUUCGAUGUACUUUUGUAUUUCUCAUCCCAAGUUGGAAGUGUUGUGAACACCUUCCAACUUAUAUAGAUGAGUGACACAUUAAUCCUAGUAGGCAUUAGUAUAAAUAACUUGUAACAACCCCAUUAGUGGGCAACUUCUUCAUUUGUAAUAUCACCCUUUCAUAUCAAUUCAAUAGUUUCAUAGCUUUCCUCUCUUUU